UAUUACUUGGAACCGCUUGAAAUUUGGUCUCUCUCUGUUACUCUCUGAGUUGUUCUGGCACUCGCUGUGUCUAUCGCUGAAUCUCGCGCGGGAAAUUAGGCUAUUCCUUUGUAUUAACGUGAGAGAAGAAGAACAAACAGGUCUUUUGGUGUUUGCAAUGACUUCUGACAAAGAGAGCAGUGAUGGAGCUUUAAGCCCACCCAGGCCAGGAAAUGUAUACAAGGAUCCUGAUGAUGGACGUCAACGUUUUCUACUUGAGUUGGAGUUUGUUCAGUGUCUAGCUAAUCCAACCUACAUUCACUAUCUAGCUCAAAAUCGGUACUUCGAGGAUGAAGCUUUCAUUGGCUAUUUGAAAUACCUUACAUAUUGGCAGCCACCAGAGUACUUAAAAUUUAUAAUGUAUCCACAUUGCUUGUACUUUCUUGAACUUCUCCAAAAUGCAAAUUUCCGCAAUGCGAUGGCACAUCCUGGAAACAAGGAGUUGACACAUAGGCAACAAUUUUUUUUCUGGAAGAACUAUAGAAACAAUCGUUUAAAGCAUAUUGUACCACGUCCACUUCCUGAACCGGUUGCUCCUCCCCCCACUCUUCCUCCACCACCGUGUAUGCUAGUGCAAGCUCCGUCUGUUGGUGGUCCUCCUGCUGGUCCUCCUUCCCACACUCCUAUGCAGUACGCCAUGCCACCCGGAUCUUCCUUGCAGAAGGUUGAUGGCAGAAAUAUAUCAAUCGAUGGAAGGAAGAGAAAUAAAGACGGCUGAGGUUCAAAGACAGCAGAGGCAUUCUCAAGCAUUAUAUUGUUUCAAUCACUUUGACACAGUGGCGUAAUAGUUAUUAACUAAUGUACAUGUAAAUUUUAAUCUGUAACAGAGGCUUUUUUUUUUUUUUUUGAAGCUAAAAGAAUGAAUUUAUUAAGAAUGAGAUUACAUAGUUUGCCUCUUCCUACACUUUGGCAGCUAUAUCAAUAGAAGGUUUUAAUAACCA